GGGGCAGCCCUUCCUUCAUUCAUUCCUUGUCGCCUUCCCCUUCGUCCCCUUCCUCUUCCUCCCUUCAUUCAAUUCAACCAACCAAACCAAAUCAAACCUCUCAGAUUCAUCCUCCAUUGAAGUGUGAUGAUAAUAGUAUAAUAUAAACACUAUCAUCAUUUACUUAUUCCCCGUAAUAUAUGCUGGGUAAUUAUUAGUCCGUAUUUCAGAGAGUAGUAGGUGGUUUUAUUUUUGGACCCAAUUAAUUACUCUGUGUAAUAAUUUCUGGCAUAUGCGAGAGAGGAGAGUAAUGGGAUUCAUUGAUUCGGUCAGUGGCAUUGGAAGCGCAGCAGUCUUUGCCGUUGCGAAACAUUAAGGUAUAGUGAGAAGUGGCAUCAUCUUCUUCUCGAUUCUUUUCCUGAAGAAAAGAAAAUGGCAGAAGAUCAUCAGCCAUUGUUGAGUGACUUGGAGGGAGCAACAAAAUCCAUUGCCUCCGCCUCCGCCGCCGCAGCUCAUAAAAGACGUUCAUCGUCAUCAUCAUCAUCAUCACCUCCUCCUCCUCGGGUCGCCUCUCUUGACGUCUUCCGCGGCCUCUCUGUUUUUCUGAUGAUGGUUGUGGAUUAUGGCGGAUCUGUUUUCCCGAUCAUCGCCCACUGCCCUUGGAAUGGGCUGCAUUUGGCCGACUUUGUGAUGCCUUUCUUCCUUUUCAUCUCCGGCGUUUCACUCUCUAUUGUUUAUAAGAAUGUUUCAAAGAGAUUAGAGCCUUCCAAGAAGGCUGUGUUGAAGGCGUUCAAACUUUUUCUCCUCGGUAUUUUUCUUCAAGGUGGUUUCUUGCACGGAAUAACUUCAUUGACAUAUGGGGUAGACAUUGAAAGAAUCAGACUGCUAGGGAUCUUGCAGAGGAUAGCCAUUGGCUACGCUGUGGCAGCUUUGUGUGAGAUAUGGCUUCCUUGCAAAAAGAAAACAAAGGGAGGUUUCUUCCUCAACUAUAUCUGGCAUUGGUGCACUGCAUUUCUGCUCAUUGCCAUAUACGUGGGGAUAUUAUAUGGCUUAUAUGUUCCCGAUUGGCAAUUCAGUGUCCCUCAGAUGACUUCUUUGCAUGCAUACAAUGGAACUAUUGUUUAUAAGGUUAAUUGCUCCAGUAGAGGGGAUCUUGGGCCCGCCUGUAAUUCAGCUGGAAUGAUAGAUCGCUAUAUCCUAGGAAUUGAUCACCUCUAUGUGAAACCAGUAUAUAGAGAACUCGCAGAAUGCAAAACAUUGAAUCCACCUUCGUGGUGUCACGCUCCCUAUGAACCUGAGGGUGUCUUGAGUUCGGUAACAGCUGCUGUCGCCUGCAUUCUUGGGCUCCAGUAUGGCCACAUCCUCUUGCACUCCAAGGAGCAUAAAGACCGAUUAAACAACUGGUUGGCCCUGUCAUUCCCACUUUUGGCAGUUGGAUUGUUGCUCGCAUUCACGGGUAUUCAUCCCUUCAACAAAUCGUUGUACUCCGUAAGUUAUUUGAUGGUUACCUCCGCAUCUGCUGGAAUUACAUUGUGUGCUCUGUAUUUACUGGUUGAUGUUUAUGGCCAGAGGCGGCUGACAUGGGCACUGGAGUGGAUAGGGAAGCAUUCUUUGACUAUAUUCAUCCUUUUAACAUCCAAUAUAGGUGUCAUUGCAGUACAAGGCUUCUAUUGGAGAAGUCCAGAAAACAACAUAGUUCGUUGGAUUGUAAGACAAGUCGUGCAUAAAGACUAGCUAUGAAGCUUAUGUAUCACUUCUUCAUUGUGCAUUCCACACGAUCCAUCACAGGCUUAUUAUAUUCAGAUUAUUUAUGGCAAAUGCUUCUGCAGAAGGAAGCCAGUUGGGGAAGAUAAGAAACCCAAACAGUUGGGAUAUGGGUUUUACUUCAUUUGUUUUUUAUUUUUUCUAUUGGCAUUCAUUAACAAUAUCACAAACUUUGUGUGUGUAUAUCUUCUCUUGUAUGUUCUCGUGACCUUUGAUAAUUACACAUUU